AUGGACGGGCACAGAGAGCUGAAGGAGUCCUCUGAUGACGGACUCGGUGGAGCUUCUCCGGCGGACAGCCUACGCCUCACCGCCAGUGUGCCGCCAGAGUGCCAGAUCCGGGCAGCACCCCAGCACGGGCAGAGCGCUCGCCAUGGUGACCGCGGCCACCGCCAGAUAGCGCCAGGCAUGACGCCGGAGGGCCCGGCAGAGGGCACCCCCACCGCCUUCUUCGGGAAGGUGUCCAAACGCAUCGGACGCCUGCUCCGUCGCCUGCCCAAGUCCAAGUCCUGGUCCGAGGGCCUGAGGCUCAUCCACAGCUCCAGCAGUGCCAGCUCUCUCACCCUCUCAGACUGCAGCUAUACAUGUCCUCUGGAUGACCAGGGUCUCACUCAACUGGACAUAUACCAGAGGGAUGGACAGACAGAGGAUAGCACACCCACAGGGACACCCCAGCUCCAGGAUCAGGGGCUCGAUGGCAUCAUCGAGGUAUACCUGAGGCUGCGGAGGGCCAAUGCGGUGCAGACAAAUGCCGGGCCUGCAGGGGGCAGCACAGAGCCCCCAACAGAAGUGGUGAAGCGUCUGCACGUCAGCAGCAACACCACGGUCAGCGAGGUCAUCCAGGGCCUGCUGGAGAAGUUCAUGGUGCCGGACAACCCGCGCAGGUUCUCUCUGUACUGCCAGAAACAGCGUGACGGGCAGGACGUCCUCCAGAAGCUGUCACCUUCAGAGCGGCCGCUGUGCCUGCAGGAGGAGGCGGGGCCGGACACCAAGCCAAUCACGUUCAUCCUGAAAGAGAACGAGAGCGCAGAGGUGGAGUGGCAGGCCUUCUCGAUUCCUGAGCUGCAGAACUUCCUGACGAUCCUGUCGAAGGAGGAAGAGGAGAGGGUAAGGCAGGUGGAGCUCAGGUACAAGCGCUACAGGGAAAAACUGCGUCAGGUGCUGCAGGAGGCACAGGGCAAACCAGGGUAGAGCUGCCCGAGGCCCACCCACAUCCACAAAACGGCCAAUGAAAAAUAAGCUCCACUCAGGACAGCCUCAGCUAACCCUGCCCCACUGUGUAGAUGGGGGUGGACAGGGGCCAGGACAUGGAAGAGGCGUGUCUUCCCAGACUGCAUUGAACAUCACACUAGAAUCUGUCUAACAGGGUCCCUAGUGAUAGGGUGGAUCAGACUUCUGUAAAACCUCUGGUCCAACCACUGCUGCUGCUGUAAGAGUCACCCAGCAUCAGAUUCUUUGAGUUCUGGAAUGGAAUCCAGCAUUUGCAUGCACACAUGGGCUUCAAGAUUUUAGAUUUUAGGUCUGGGAUCCAGGAGCGUAUACAGGAAUACAAAGGUGGAAUGGUCUUCUCGGAUUUUCUGCAUUCAGAAUAAAAUGCGGUUUGUGGAGCUGCAGGAACGCAAAAGAAAACCAGUCAAUGCAGUACCACUGCCUUCACAAUCACACUGCUGCCAAGCUGCUCAGGGGAGAAAAGAACUGGAUUG